AUGGACCAGCAGCGUCUCUCCUCCCUUGAGGGGGAAGUGCGUGAUGGCAUCGAUGUUAUUGUGAAGCUUACACAGUUUAGUGGCUCUGAAAAGAGCAUUGUAGAGUUAAUUAAUACAGAAAUAAAGAGGCUUAAUAAGCAGCAUAAAGACUGUGAAACCUGUCAAAAGUCUCUUCCCUCUUCUGACUGUGGUCAGCAUAAAAAGCUUGAGGACCUUCAAGAGAAACUUAAGACAUUAACUCAGAAUAAUAACAAUAGUCCACGUGAAUUAUUAAAUAACCUCUGCACAGGCCUCGAAAAAUUUCUCGGCUACCAGGAUGGUAAUUACACCGGGAAAGGAAUCGUAUACUCGGACCUUGACAGGCUCUGCGACGGGGUGAUGUCUUUCCUUCAUGGUGUUCUUGAGAGUGUGAAGGAUGAUGAGAGUGUUACAACUUAUGAUAAAGAUGCUUCAAAUAAGAUUUCUUCACUUCCCGAAAAAUUAGCCAUCACACAAGUCUCCGAUGCGCUCGGGGCGUGGGAUAAGGAACUGAGUUGGAGGACCUGGACACUUAACGACGCACUUAGCACAUUACAAAAUAAUAACGUAGCACACUUUAGUGAAUUACUUAGCUUUCUUAAUAUGUCGCCACCUGAUAAGGUUGCCGGCCGGCUGGGCCUGUGUAUUCAGGAAGCUGAAAAGCUUCAGCAGGCUUAUAAGCAAGCCGACACACACUAUAAUAAUCUAGAUCGUCACCUAAAAAUUAAUUUGAAAGAUGCUAUGUAUCGUGUUCAACUAGAGGUGGACAAGUUCGUUGCAGCUGCUAGUAACAGUGGGCUCAAAGCAGUAGUGGAGAAAGCAGGUGGUGAGCUUAGUGACCUAAAAUGGAAAGUUGAACGUAAGGUUCACAGCGCUGUUGGUACCAUGGUAGACGAUAUCGUUGUUAAAUUUAACGAACAAAUCAAGGCUCCUAUAAAGGAUAUUAGGAGCACGUUGAUAGAGGUUGAAAAGGAUUUGUUGAAAUGGAUUGAGGAAGCCGGGAAGAUUAUAAAAAAGGUCAUUGGUAAGUGCGAUGCGAUUGUUGCGAAGCUGGAAGGUACGACGGUAGAUGGCACGGAGAAUCCGGAGAGAGAAGCUGUGAAGACAGCAGCUGGUAAGUUGUAUUACCAUGCGCAGUCGUUAUGGACAGCGGCAAACAGUGCCAAAAAACUAGUUGAAAAAUUGGCGGCAGACGCUAAGCAGACACUGACAACUCGGGCAACGUAUAUAGAGGAGCAAUUAAAGAAUAUUAAAGCCAGUGUGGAGUUCAAGGUUUCUGAGGCAGCCAAGGCUGUAGAGCUUUUGGAUGAUAAGCUAAAUGUGGAUAUGCAGGCAUUGAAGGAGAAGAUUAGCAAAUCGGUGAAGGAUUAUAUUGGCAAGUUGGCGGAGGCUUUGGGAAAAGGAAUGGGUAGUGCCACGGGCACUUGGAAAGGCAAUGCCAGGCCUGGUGUUAAGGCCUUACAAGAUGCUGUGGCCGCUUGGAAAACUACUGAUAUGGCAAAAUUCGGGGAAAGUUUUGGUAAGGUGCUUAGCGAGGCUACGACGGGAGGCAUGACAGGUGAACUUGGCCAAUAUAUUGAAUGGGUCCUGUACAAUCUUAUGAAAGUUGGUCAACACAUGAAAUCCAACAAACCCGAUAUCGUUCUUAAUGAGCUUAAGCAAUCGAUCGGAGAUAAAAUUGAAGGGAAGUUUGCUACAAGCUUUGCGAAGAUUGGCAACUACUACGCAUUUGAGCAAUAUAAUCCGCAAAGGGAUACCGCCAGGGGAAAAAUCAAUGACGUAAAAAAUGCUGAUAACUUUAAUAAGCUUGAUAAGUAUGAUGUGGACGUAUGCGGUGCGGAUGGGAAGAAACUCGAAACAAAAAUAGAAGAUAUCAAAUUGGGAGUACAAGAUGCUCUGAAUAGUGCCAUUGGAUCAAUCGAUAAACCAAAGGUGCUAAGCGACGCGCUCAUAGACGUUACAUCCGCACUAAAUACGUUCACCGAUGCAGUCAAGAACUUGGUUAACGGUGGGUCAUUCAUGGACAAUGAAAAUAACAAAGGUGCAAAAAAGCUUCUACAAGAUGUCCACCAGAUGAUCAAUAAUGGAACAUGGAUCGAUGAAAAAGUUAAGGGUCUCACCGAAAUCAAAGGCCGUAUUCACAACCUUCAAAACGGUGUUUUCGCACAAUUGUUCUCGUACGCCGACAACUUUUACGAUCACGUCGUCAAAGACCAAGCUAAUUUGGCAAUUAAACAAAUUAAUGAAUUCAUCGAAGAGAAUAUACAUAAUGCCACGGAAACUAUACAAGAUGAAGCCCGUAACACGUACUAUUCAAGAAUUAGCAAAAUGCUCGAUGAGAUGAAAGAAAGUAUUAAUUGGGAAAUAACUGUAAUUGACAAAGCAAUAAGGAGUGAUUUACAUACCGGCGUUAAGGGUUUUUUAAAGCACUUUAUGGGUAAUAUUGAGAUAUCGGGUAUUCCAAGUUCGGAAAAAAAACUGGAAGCUCUAACCAAGCGCGAAAACUCUGACCCUAAAAAAGGAUUUAUUACAUUAUCAACAGCCCUCAACGAUUAUUUGCGUCCAAUAUUCACAUACGUCAUUGGCGAAGUUAAAUCCGUAUUCCCCAAUACCCCCGCAGCUGUCGGCGACGCUAUGAUAACGCAUCCGUAUCGCGAGGAGAUUGAAAGUGUCAAAAACGCAUUUGACGCCUUACUUCAGCACCUUGAAGUUGAGGAAAAUAUUUACCACUUCGACUACGACUUCCAAAACCUCCUCGCUGCCCUAACCGACGCAGUUAACGGCCUAUCACCAGACAAAUUCGGCGCAACGUCCUGCAACGUUCUCGACGUCCUGAAAAAAGGGAUGCUGUCAUUUACUGAACAGUUACAAACUGCCUAUGUCAACAAGUAUUGUGAUCAAGAAUAUGUUAACGCCGACGGGCCUAAAUACGCCAAGCUUUUCAUGAGCAUAUUGCGAGGCGUCAUCGUCGGCUUGGAGAAAGUGAACGAGAAGUGUAAUGGCAGCGGUGAAUGGAAAGAUUAUAAGAUAUGUGAGAAGGAAGGGAAAGAGAAAAAUCCACUCGGCGUAUUUUUCGAGAACUCCGGUUUCAAAGUUCCACCGAACGACGGUUCAAAGCAGGGCGGUGAGCUGAAGUGGAAAGUUGACUGGAAUGGUAAAAAUGUUUUUGAUCUUUUCACCGACAGCAAGACAGGGCUGUUUAAAGAUGUAUCUGGCGCAUAUGAAUCCGACGUCCUUGAUAGACUCCAUGCUCUCCUCCACAAUUACUACAGUGCCUGCCACCUCAACCACAUUCCCACCCCGGCAACGCCGACGAGCGUAUACAAGAUGCUUAUUUGGCUCAGUGGUUUCUGGUACAAUCCGAUGUACGAUAAGGUUUGUGUAUACGUUAGAGAUCUAUUCGACAAGCCAAAAGAGGAAUCGAAAUUGCAAGACCCUUCAAGCUACGCGCUAGACGCCACGACGCUAUUCAGUGCCACGACCAUUACAGAUACACUUAGCGAUGUAUGUGACCACGCGGAAAAAACGCUGGUUGCUAUACUAGGCUUCGGCCACGCGGAAGGUGAAUAUGCCGUUGAGUUCACCGACAACUCACAUAAAUUAUUGUAUCCCAGUAGUCCCUCACAGUGCUUUGACACCCUUUCAGAGAUAUUGUAUAGACUGUAUCACCAGCUUAAUUUCUUAUUUAUUCAGUGCUCACGUACGUAUGACGCUAACACCUGGCGUGAGUGUUGGUAUGGUAGUGGCAUUGGUGGCUCGUCAUGGGAGUGCAACAAGACGCAAUGUGCCAACCAAGAGUGCCCUCAAAAGGCUGACCAAAAGGGCAACCAAAAUGGUAACCAAGGUGGUAACCGAUUGGUUACUCAAACAUGUGACCAGCACCCUAUGUGCGGUCUGAAAUCGCCUUUGCAGUCUUUCCUUGAAGACGGAUUGCCUGGCUUCUUACCACAUUCUUUCAAAACUCCCGGUUGCAAGUUAACCUGUACUGUGUCUAAUCACAGAGGAAUUCCAUGCAAAACUCCGAUGGGUUUCGGUGACAUCGCCACAACAUCAUCGCAUACAAAAACAGGUGCGCAUCUCCGAGAUGUUCUGAGAGAAUUCUGUGGUGAUUCAGAGAGUCCUCUGACUAAACUGUGCAGUCUCUUAACAUGUCUAUCGCAACGCACGCCACAAACGUUAGAUGAUUUGUUCGCGUUUUAUUUCUGUUAUUUGUACGGUUGGAAUGAUAAGGACAUGAUGCGUAAGAAGCAUCAGAAAGGUGCAUUCGACGAGUCGGUCAAAAAGGCUUAUUUCAAUAAGCAGUAUGAUGAUCUCGACGUUACUCCGAUGUUCGAGAGCAGUGUUCAUGGGUCCGGCGAUACGUCUUCCCAUCUCAAAGGUGACCUGUAUAGUCUCCACCGGUGUGACUAUGAAGGAAACUCUGAAAUUUCGUGCGGACGAUACCUACAGCCUAUGGGCAUGAAUAUAUGGAAUACGUUCUCGAACAAAAAUGCCGACAAAUACCUUUCAUGGGUUGUGUAUUUGACAGAAACCUUCUAUGAUUUGCUUGAGAAGCUCUUGAAAGAAUGUUGCGACAAUUGCAAUAAACCAGGAACGAAAUGCUACAUAAAAAGUUGUGAUGUGACAUGUAAGGUAAAGGCCGCUUACGAAUCUGAUGACACCGCUAAGGAUCUGAAAAAUAAGCAUCACAGUCAAGAUUGCAAAUCUAUUGCUAAUUGCCCAUUCACUCGGCCGACACUAGCUAAAUAUGGUUUCGUAUUUCAGAGUUCGUACAACCUGAGUGGCAUAUAUGGACCGGAAAAAGUGCGCACAUGCAGAGACUUUUGUGCGACGUUGAAAAGAAUUCUCAACGACGUAGAAAAAGACGAAGCGCCACUCGCAAAAUUAAUUUAUCGCACAAUUCCCAAUUUCUUAUGGGCCAUUCGUACACCCUUCUCCUACCUCUUAUUAGCCCUCUGGUCGCUGUCGCUCCUGUACCUGCUGCACAUCGCCGUCGUCCGCCUCGACGUGCUGAGGAUACGCUCCCACCUGAGAUCGCCCUCAAGCCACCGCAUCGCCGCCCAGUCGCUCCUCGCCGCCGCACGCGUCAGGGCACUCGCCAACGUCAAGUACUUCUCACCGUAA